UGAAAUGCAGAAUUUCUUUUGCAAAAUCCAACUCAAUGUGGCCGUGGACAUCGAUAUUUCUCGUAGGCCUACGCUUACACUUUUGACUAUUAAUACCAAUAAUGUUGGUUAUUAAUAUGUUUCAAAUAAAUUUGAUGUGUAUCGGUAAUUAGGAUGACUAGAAAAAAAAAAGCACAAACGUAACCAAUACUUUAGAUUGCAGCCUUCUGCCUAUGGCAUUGAAAACUCAACAGAGCUUAUACAAUAUAAAGUCGACAUCUUGGAGGUUUUUCCGAGUUCUUACAACCACAAGCAGACGAAACAGCAAUAUUCAAUAUGGAUGAUAAAUCGACUGCGAGAAAGUCUCGAUCAAAAUUAAAGAGCAGAAAAAAGAGUCGACAUUUUUCAUCAUCAACAUCAUCUAGCUCUAGUUCUGAGUCAGAUCAAACAGAUGAUAAUCGCAAUGGAAGUAAAAAAAAGCGCAUGUCCUCUAGUAGUAGCACUUCAUCGAGUUCAUCGUCAAGAUCUAGAUCAUCGUCAAAACGAGGAAAGAAACGAAGGAAGUCAAGUUCUAAGAAGGACUCUUAUAAGAAAAAGAAAAGUAAAACGCCCAAGAAAAAAAAGAAAAGGUGUGUAAACAUUGUCCUCACUGAUUUACACUGAUUACAUUACUAUGUAGGCCUACUUCUACUUAUAGUUUGAAGGAACUAUAUUUUAUUUACUUUGUAUACUAAAGACUAAAUUAUAUUAAUAUUACUAGUAAUACAGCACUGUCAAUCAGUUGCACUUAACAGUGAUAGCAGUGUUCUUCAUUGGUACAAUUACAAAGUCUUUUUUAUUAUGGUAUUGAAGUGUCGGACUCCAAUCUGAAGGAGUUUGAGUAGGCUGACCACACUACCAGUACCAAACUUGGUAAUGUUGUAUUUUAGAGUCGUUAAUUAAAAAAAAAAAAUUUGUUUGUAUUUAAAAUUUUUUUUUUUUCAAAUGAAUAAAUAUUCAUGCUUUCUGGUUGAAGUCCCGAACAUAAAUGCAGCAACUUUGCAGCCUUGUAUACAUCAGCAUGUUUUUCCAGGUUCUCAAAUCAUAUCUGACAUUUGGGCAGCUUAUGCGCAAGUCAACAAGAUAGGAGGUGGAAUAUAUCAACAUUCAGUUGUUGUCCAUCAACACAACUUUGUUGACCCAAAGUCCACACACAGAACAUUCAGAAUAUGUGGAUGCGGGCUAAGCACAAACUGAAGAGACAAUUCGGGACUAGUCGUGCUCUUUUUCCGUCCUAUUUCACGAGUUUGCUUAUUGUUGUUACUUUGGCGAUGUAGACUUAUUUUCACAGUUGAUCAUCACUUUGGCUGACAAUUAUAGAUAAAUGAACAUGCGUUUUCACUAUUGUGUCACUGAAUAAACCGUAAACUGGUUUUAAAUGGUUUUAAUUAUUUUUAAAAAUGUUUGUUAAUUUUGCUAAUUACCAACGCUAAAAUACAACUUUACCCCAAACUUAUUUGUGUAAACCACUUUGUAAUACUGUACUAAUUAGUUCAUAUAUGGUAGUUCAUUGAAAUCAUUGACUCUCAUUUAUUGGGGCCAGGACUAAUUCAGUAAAUACUUUUGGGAGGUGUAAUUAAUUUUAAGGAAUGAAGUUGGUCACAAUUUUUAAAAACUUGUUUGUACUACCGGUACUUAACAUCUCACAUAUUGUACUGACACAUUAACGGUGUCUUAAAAUGAAAUAAUUGCAAGUUAUAAUUUAUUGAAAUUUAGAGUGUUGUUUUAACUUAAGAUUAAAUAAAAAGCAACAAUGCCCUAUUUGAAUUAAUGCUUUUUUUGAAGAUCACGAUCUUCAUCAGCCUCUUCAUCAUCAUCAUCUCCUGAAAGAAAAAAAAAAAGAAAAAAGAAAAAAAAGAAGAAGAAAAAGAAAGAAAAAUGCAAGAGAGAAACAAAAGUUAUCGCUGUUGAAUUGCAGCUUCCAGUAAAAGAAAAAAAUUCACCAGAUGCCCAGCAUGAAGACGGUAAGAUGACCAUUAAAUAAAAAUAUUAUAGAAUUAUUACAUUAAACUAUCAAAUUUGAAAUUUAACCAGUUCAACUCAGGCUGCUAAAAUAAUUUUACUAGGUGAAUUUCCAGCCUUAGAUAAAAAACAUGUGUAGGCCUUUUCCAUUUCUUUUUUAGUUGAAUCUUUCAGUGUGUCACACAACAGAAAAACCUCUGUGAUCCUAUUUGGGGUCAUGAUCCAUGGGUUGGAAAUCUGUGCUCUACACUAAUUAGUUAUUCACUUAACUCUACUUACAUAUCUAAAAUGAAGACACUUGAACACUAAACAAAUCCUGAUUUGUUUAAUAUUUAUUUUAUCUUCAAAUAAAAAAAAAGAAGCCUUUUCAAGAUAUUCUGAUUGCUUUUAAAUAGCAUUUUAAUAGAAGCUCAUUGAGACAUAAGGGGGUGUCCUUAAAGUUGGUCACACUAUAUCCCAUCUCUCCCCCCCCCCCCACCCCCAAUCAAAAUCUGUCAUAAAUCUUUCUUGGACAACCCCCCCCCCCCACACACACACACACCCACCCCCCUGGGUGUAAUGCACUUUAUGGACAAGCCCAAACCCACAUAGUCUAAUGAAAUAAUGAGUACAUUUUAUUGUGACUGUACUGGUUUGUCUGUUUGAUUAGAACAGUUGGAAAUUAACUUAGAUAGUUAGGUUAAACAGAAUAAUGUUCCUUUACAUCAGAUUAAAUGUAUUUUAGUGGUAACGUUAAAUUAAACAUGUAUUUAUUCUACUGUUUUAACAUUAGUGUCCAUACUUUGUUUUGCCAAGUUCCUACUGGACGAAGAUCUGGUCCAAAACCACGUGUCAUAAAACCCAUGACGAGAGAGGAAUGGGAGAAACAACAGAGCAUAAUAAGGAGGGUUUAUGAUGAGGAAACUGGCAGGGAAAGGUAUGUGAAUGUCUCUUAAAAUAUGAAAAGCAACUAAUUUCAUGGUAUUCUGGCUUGUUAGUAGUGUAAGAUUAGGUAUUUAAUUCUAACUAGCCGACCCGCGGCGUAGCUUACGUCGCAGAAUUGCUCAUAGAUGAGUGAAGACUUCAUGAAAGACACAGUUGUCCAAAUGGGGUGGGUUUGAGGAUACAACUGUGAUUGCGUGAAAAGAUGGAACUCUGGAGAGAGCUACAUACAACUGUCUGUGACUUAAGACCGGUUUUGGUAGAUAGAGGCAUAUAUUUUUGAAAGUUUGUCCCUGUGCCUUAUUAAUUGUCAUUGCAGAGGCUAAUCGAAGAGGAAAUUGUCGCCGUGUAACAGUAAAAGGUAAAUUUGAAUCUGAUGAUGUGAGGGAAAUCCGGGGAAUAAGGACAGUUUGUGCGGAAACUGAUGAUAGUGGCGCGAAGUAUUUCGGACAUCGUGACAAUUUCUGCCUCGCCACCAUAUACUCCAGAAGAAUUCAUGUACGUUUCCGUCUUUGAGAACAACGGAGAGUACGUCGCCGAAGUUAUCCCAAUGUUGUGAAACAAAGUUUACAGCCAUGUUGCGAAGUUGAAGAGCAACAGUUUCGUUUUUCCAGAAAUAUGCGACCGAUAGAAACAGUUACCUGAUGCAGGAAUUGGUAUAACAGUGAAUGAAGCAUUGUUUCCAUGAAAUACAUGCGAAGCGAUAGCCAUGUUCGCAAAGAAAGGGGGAAAAGAACGGGCACAAACAGCAGCAUGAAGAAAUCAUAACAACGCGAGUGAACGAGGUUCAAAGAAGAGAGCAAUGAGACUGGCUCAGAGCUUGUUGGGGUGUGUGCAUGGCCGGCAAGCGAGAGGCAAGGGAAGGGAGGGUUCUAUAUACAGCCUGCAUCGCGCUAGUCUUUGCUCUAGUUUCUGGCGAAUUAUAUAUAUAGAUAAUAUUUUUGUAGUUUUGAAAUCUUUUGGUAUUUUUUUUAUCCAUAGCGUCCUAUUUAUCAAGCAUGUGUAGCAUCAGGGAUACAUACAACUGACAGCCCUCCCCAUGGCUUUAUCCAGAGAGGGUCUUAUAGAAAAAUUUUAACUUGGACAGUAGUGGUGCAUUUUAUCAUCUUUUGCACUUUUUAUGGCCCUCUAUCAAAGUUAUUAAACAGUUGGGUGAUCCAAAUUAUGGCAGCAUAAUUUACCUUUAAGUUUGCCACAAUGCUGACAAACCCCAGCAUUGGCCAUCAAGAAUGCAAGUUUCAGACAAACUUGUAUGAUUAAGGAAGCUUUGCACAGAGAUGCAUCAUAACAUAGUUAAUGAUGGUUGGCCAACUCAUGUAUAAUUGUUCUGUCCAUUUCUUAUGUUUUUAUCUUAUUUCUAAAAAUCAGCAAACAAUUAAAAAAAAUAGAGUCAUUAAAAAGGAAAAUAAGGCUGUGAUCUUUAAUAUUAAUAAAUGUGACUUGAUCAAAAUGUUUAUUUACAAUUACAUAUAUUUAUAUUAUUAAAGAACAUUUUUGUCAGAAAGUGUCCUUAACCUCUAAGAUCAAGCCACAAACACAGUAUAAUUUAUGUGCUGGUCUAGAGAAUUAUGUUAAGGUGCAUUGCAUUUUAAAUCAUUUUCAGAUUAAUUAAAGGAGAUGGGGAAGUUUUAGAGGAAAUUGUGACCAAAAACAGGCAUCUAGAAAUUAAUAAGGUAAGCAUGUACUAUGAAGAAAUGGAGUGGGCUAAUACUAGUUUAUCAUUGAGAUUAUGCUUAGAUAAUACAGGUCAGAGGAGAGUUUUAUUCCCUUUUUAAUUUGUAUUAUUUGCCCAAACCUUCGAUUCAGCAAUUUUUGACCUCCAAUGAUAGAGGUGUAUUCAAACUAAAAGAAGUUUCAUACCCAAAACUUAAAACUUUAUGCUAAGGAUGCAUAUUUAAAAAAAGUUUGUAUACAACACUUUAUCAAAAUGCUGUUUUUUUUGUCUUUAGACUGCUACAAGAGGUGAUGGGCAGCACUAUGCAAAACAGCUGGGCAUGUUGUAAGAGCACAGUUGACCAAAGUCUUCUUGUUUGUGAUUUUAAUGAGUGAUGUGCAUAAUUAUGUCUGCAUUCCACUCUCAUUUGUAAAACAUCUUUACAGGUUUAUUUAAUAUGAUAAACCUGUUAAAAUACACUGGACACUUAUAAAAUAAUUUCCUGUUAACUUUUCAUAUUAUUUUAUGUAAUGAAAAAAUGUUUGGUCAAAAGAGCAAAUGGAUGGAGAAUCCAUGUCUAUAAUAGGUGCUUUGGAUUAAAUAUGUUGGCAAUUAUACAUUUUAAUGUAACUUUAUUUUAAUAAAAUUGUGCUUCAUAAAUCUGACACUAGUCUCACUUUUUUUUCUUCUUCAUUGUCAAUUGUAAUAUAUU